GUGGGUCCAGCAGACACAUCGGUGUAGAAAAUGAAGCAGCAGACAGUGUGGGUGCUGGUGGUGGCUGCAGCAGUGAUCAUGGGCGUCCAGGGGAUGCUUGCCCCUCCUGAAAAGUCCUACAAGAUACUCAUGCUCCUUCCUAUCUCCUCCAAAAGUCACAGGAAUGUUUUCAUGAUACUCGCUGAGGGUCUGGCCGACCGCGGCCAUAAGGUAGUGAUGCUGACAAGCGGUACUGAGAUAUCCAACCAUCCCAACAUAAAAGAAAUUCCCUACUUCAAUUCGUACGUAAUAAGCAAAAAUGCAACUUCGAGCCUAUUCAACAACACUCCUGGAAACAUCGUCAAGAUGAUGGCAGAGUUUCUACCUAUGGUUGCUAGGGAGGUGUACCUCCUGCCAGCGGUGAAAGAGAUCUACAAGAGGAGGAAAGAGUUUGACCUCAUAGUGGUCAAUCACAGGUACAACGAGGUAGUUUAUCCCUUCACGCACGAGGUUCCCUUCAUAACACUGUCAGCUCGAGAGAUAGAACCGAGUCAGAGUGCAGUCAUGGGCAAUGUUAUUAACCCGACUCAUUUUGUUAAAUUUGAUUCGCACUUCCUAGUAUUAGCCUGGCGUCGAUUCUCAAACUUAAUCCAACAGUUACACAUGGAUAUCAAAUGGAGAUACUGGACUGUCAUUCCCCUCGUCCAGAAAGAGAUCUCUUCUCUGUUCCCGGAGUUGCCGUCGUUGCUAGAACUCGAGAAGAACUCAAGUCUUACUCUCCUCAACACUCACUUCUCCAUGGGUCCCGUCCUGCCUCUCCUGCCCUCACAGGUGGAAGUGGGGGCCAUGCACUGUCGUCCAGGCAACCCUCUCCCUCAGGAGCUGGAAUCUUGGAUUACAGGAGCCGGGCCAGAUGGAGUCAUUUACUUCAGUUUGGGCUCCGUCUUCACGGCUUCGACGCUGCCUGCUUGCUACAUCGAGCUCUUCGUCAAGGCGUUCAGCCGGGUGUCGCAGCGCGUCCUCUGGAAGUUCGAGGACGAACUGCACUGCUUGCCUGACAAUGUGAAGAUCAGCAAGUGGCUUCCCCAACAGGACAUUCUAGCCCACAAGAACGUGAAGGUAUUUAUUACCCACGGUGGUCUACUCAGCUUGCAGGAGUCUAUCUACCACGCUACGCCCCUCCUGGCCUUCCCCAUCUUCAGCGACCAACCCAAGAACGCCCUCUUCAUCGAGGAGGCUGGCCUGGGUCUGAAGCUGGCCUGGAAUGAGCUCACUGCUGACUCUCUCCUCAAGGCUCUUGAUGAUCUUCAUCAGUAUUCCAGGUACAAGAAGGAAGUGGUGAAGAUAUCAGGAAGGAUACGAGAUCAGAUGCUGCCGCCCAGGGAGGUGGCAGUGUUCUGGACGGAGUAUGUGAUCCGUCAUGGCGGAGCUCCUCAUCUCAGGACCUCAGCAGCACUCUCCUCCUGGAUACAGUUCCUGAUGCUUGACCUGUUCUUCUUCCUACUUUUGGCUCUCCUCCUCUCCAUCUUCAUCUUACGUCGCAUCGUUAGAACCAUCAUUGGCAAAACAUCUGGCCUCGAUGGGAAAAAACGGAAGAAAGAUUAAAAAUGUGUUCCCUUCACAGAAGAAAGAUAAUACCUGAAAAUAAUUUUCACCGUGAAAAAGGUAAAUUGAUAUUCUUCUAGACGGCCUCUGCAAGGUAUAAAAGUGGCGAAAAAAUUGUAAUAACUCGUCUAUGGGGGAUUAGAAAUGACCAGCCUGCAUGUUUACAAUGCUUUGUAGAUGAAUGGUUCAGAGAACCGACAUGUUGAUAAAUUAGACACAUGUGCAACUCUUGGGUAUCUUUAUUAAGGAAACGUUUCGCCA